AUGUCUUUUUUUCUUAAUCGUAUGAAACGUUUCCUCGAAUUAAUAUUGCAAACAGAAAAGACUGAAGCGAUGUCUUUUCAAUCGAAGCGAUUUUGGGAAAUAGACGAUGAAAACAACACAAACUUACAAGAAGAUGAAAAAUGUCAAGAACUAUAUAAAACAACUACAACAAGAGAUACAGACGGUAGAUACAUGGUGCAAAUUCCAUUUAAAGAAGAAUUGUCUUUAGGGAAUUCUAGAAAACAAGCAGUAGCAAGACUAAUCAACCUAGAGAAGAAAAUGAAGAAAGAAAUUAAGUCAGAAUACAUAGAGUUUAUGCGAGAAUACGAACGUUUAGGUCAUAUGGUCAAAGCAGAAAAUGAAAAUGAAGGGUUGUACUAUAUGCCUCAUCAGGCUGUAAUCAGAGAAGCAAGUUCAACAACGAAACUACGUGUAGUUUUUGAUGCGUCCGCUAAAACAACAAAUGGAAAUAGUCUUAAUAAUAUCAUGAUGACCGGACCGCGAUUACAAAAAGACAUAUUUGACAUAAUAAUAAAAUGGAGGUUAUGGAAAUUCGUGGUGACAGCAGAUGUGGAAAAAAUGUAUAGACAAAUAAAAAUUGCAGAAGAGCAUCAAGAUUAUCAACUUACUUAUGGAACUGCUUCGGCCCCAUUUUUAGCAGUUCGCACAUUACAACAAAUUGCUGAAGACUAUAAUGGAGACAUUCUUAUUAAAAAUACAAUUAAAGAUGAUUUUUAUAUGGAUGACUUAUUGACUGGCGCUGAUACAAAAUUAGAUUGUAGAAAUAAAACCAAUACAAUUUUCAAAUGUUUAAGCAGCGCUGGAUUUAAAUUGCGGAAAUGGAUGUCCAAUAAUCAAUCAAUCUUGAAAAAUCUUCCCAUUGACGCCGAAAAUAAAAUACUGUGCAUAGAGGAAGAUAAUUCAAUAAAAACACUAGGAUUGAAAUGGAAUCCAAAAAAGGAUGAAUUCCAAUUCACAAUAAAUAUAUUAUCAAAUGAGAAAAUAACUAAAAGAAUGGUAUUGUCAAUAUACGCAAAAAUGUUUGACCCAUUAGUGGAGCAAAUUCGAAUUCCAAGAUGGAUGGGAGUCUCGAGUUCAGAUAAUUGGGAGUUACAUGGAUUCUCGGAUGCAUCUGAAGCCGCUUAUGCAGCGGUAAUAUACAUCAAAAUCGGUUUACAUAUAAACCUAUUGACUGCAAAGAGCAAAGUAGCACCAAUAAAAAACAAGAAGACUAUUCCCAAGCUAGAACUAUGUGGAGCUCACUUAUUAGCAAAACUAAUGAGUAAAAUAAUUAAAAUUUUAAAUACAAAUCCAAAAACUUAUUGUUGGAGCGAUUCUGCAAUCACGUUAUGGUGGCUAAAAGAACCAAAAAACAAAGAGAAGUUUGUAAGAACUCGUGCAACAGAAAUUAAAAAUUUAAUUCCAGAAACUGAAUGGCGUCAUAUAAGAUCAAAAGAUAAUCCAGCUGAUAUAGCACCUAGAGGCAUCUGUGCAAACAAAUUAAAAGAUUACAUGCUAUGGUGGCAUGGGCCUGCAUGGUUAGUAAAACCAAAGGAAGAAUGGCCAAAUGAUGAAAAAUUAAAUGGAAUGUCAACAGUUAUCACGACUUUAAUUUCAGAUAAUAAUUUUUUGAGCGAUUGA